AUGAUUAAAUAUUGUGAGUACACGGCGUCGACUGUUACUAUGGUUCGAGAUCAUCUAGUGUUUGGAAUAAGAGAUGCUAAAGUUCAGGGCCAACUUUUGUGCAUAGAUGUCGAAAUGUUGACGCUUGAGAAGGCCUUGUCUCACUACCUUUCAGCUGAAGUAACUAAGGCCCGGCUAAAGGAAAUAAGAAGCCCGUCGGCAGAAAAGGAAGUUCUGUUCGUGUCAACUGAUCCCUUUAACUGCUCAAGGUGUUGUACUAAACAUCUUCCAAGACAAUGCCCUAACUCCUGAUGGAAGAAAUCAUUUGGCGAAAAUGUGCAGCCAGCGCAGCAGGAAGAUACACACAGUUGUCCCUUUGCCAUGCACAGAUUUUGAACUUUUUGCUGGACGGUUGGAGGUAGAUUUGUUGGAAACCGAGGCCUGGUACAGUAAAAUGGAAGUUGCUGGAGAUAUUAUUAACUUUAAGUUGGACACCGGAUCG